UCCGGAUAUAACUGCAUUAUCAACAAACGAUUCGAAUAUAUAUUCUCAGCCAUCCAGCAUGGAGAGCAGAUCGACAUGGAAGAUUUAGUUGAUGAAGGUUUCGUGCCCCGUACUCUCCUCAUGGAGGCUGCGUCGACAGGUCAGAUAGCGAUGGUAAACCUCCUCAUGCAAGAAUACGGAGCAGACGACACCCUAGUCGCACCCGAUGGCCAAACCGCUCUGCGUCUGGCCGCCACAAACAAGCAACGCGAGAUCACGAUGUUCUUGCUUUCCCGACGUUUAGGCGCUUUCAAACGGAUUAAAUGUGGGUUAGUUUCUGUUCAUUCUUUGUACGGCAAUGGCUGACAACCCUCUUGUUUCCAGUCCGAUCGAGAAAAAGCCAUUAAACGCAUCAGAGUCAUGGCCUGGAAGCUCUAUGACGUCGG